GCCGGCAGCCCGGCUGCGAGCCCCGCUAUUCCGCGCCGCACCAUGACGGAAGAAAGCAAAGGGGAAGGCAAGGGAGAGAGCGGGAAGGACUUGGAGAAGCAGCUUCGCCUGCGCGUGUGCGUCCUCAGCGAGCUGCUCAAGACGGAGCGGGACUACGUGGGCACGCUGGAGUUCCUGGUGUCGGCAUUCCUUCACCGAAUGAUCCAAUGUGCUGCAGCCAAAGUGGAUAAAAAUGUCACGGAAGAGACAGUUAAGAUGUUGUUUUCAAAUAUUGAAGAUAUUCUUGCAGUUCACAAGAACUUCCUGUCCCUCGUAGAGGAGUGUUUGCAGCCAGAACCCAGCGCACACCAUGAAGUUGGAACUUGCUUUCUUCAUUACAAAGAGAAAUUUCGUAUCUAUGAUGAAUACUGCAGUAACCAUGAGAAGGCACAGAAAGUUCUGCUUGACCUCAACAAAAUAAGAACAGUGCGGACAUUUCUUCUGAAUUGCAUGCUCCUUGGAGGACGUAAGAACACAGAUGUACCAUUGGAGGGAUAUCUUGUAACACCAAUACAGAGAAUAUGCAAGUAUCCUCUUCUUUUGAAGGAGUUACUGAAGCGGACUCCAAGGAAGCACAGUGACUAUGCAGCAUUAAUGGAAGCCCUCCAGGCUAUGAAAGCUGUCUGUUCCAACAUAAAUGAAGCCAAGAGACAAAUGGAGAAAUUAGAGUUUUUGGAAGAAUGGCAGUCUCAUGUUGAAGGAUGGGAGGGGUCUAACAUCACUGAUACAUGCACAGAAAUGCUGCGAAGCGGAUUACUUCUGAAGAUUUCAGCGGGAAAUAUCCAAGAGCGGAUAUUCUUUCUCUUUGAUAACCUUUUGGUAUACUGCAAAAAAAAGCACAGGCGAUUGAAGAACAGCAAAGCAUCUACAGAUGGCCAUCGUUACCUCUUUCGGGGCAGAAUAAACACAGAAGUGAUGGAGGUAGAGAAUGUAGAUGAUGGAACAGCUGACUACCACAGUAGUGGCCACACUGUCAUUAAUGGCUGGAAGAUCCACAACACAGCUAAGAACAAAUGGUUUGUAUGCAUGGCAAAAACUCCUGAAGAGAAGCAAGAAUGGUUGGAAGCUAUUUUGAAAGAGCGAGAGAGACGAAAAGGUUUGAAAUUGGGCAUGGAACAAGACACUUGGGUGAUGAUCUCUGAGCAAGGAGAAAGACUGUACAAAAUGAUGUGCAAGCAAGGGAGUCUCAUCAAAGACAGGAAGAGGAAAUUAACCACGUUCCCCAAAUGCUUUCUUGGAAGUGAAUUUGUGUCCUGGUUGUUAGAAAUUGGAGAGAUACACAGAUCUGAAGAAGGUGUUCAUCUUGGCCAAGCUUUAUUAGAAAAUGGCAUUAUCCACCAUGUUACUGAUAAGCACCAGUUCAAACCUGAACACAUGCUGUACAGAUUCCGAUACGAUGACGGAACAUACUACCCCAGGAGUGAGAUGCAGGAAGUGAUUUCUAAGGGUGUACGACUGUACUGUCGUCUUCACAGUCUCUUUACCCCAGUAAUUAGGGAUAAAGAUUAUCAUCUGCGAACCUACAAAUCUGUUGUCAUGGCUAACAAACUCAUAGACUGGUUGAUUGCACAGGGAGAUUGCCGGACCAGGGAAGAAGCUAUGAUCUUUGGUGUAGCUCUUUGUGAUAAUGGUUUUAUGCACCAUGUGUUAGAGAAAAGUGAAUUUAAAGAUGAGCCACUGCUGUUCCGUUUUUAUGCAGAUGAAGAAAUGGAAGGGUCAAAUAUGAAACACAGACUGAUGAAACAUGAUUUGAAAGUAGUGGAAAAUGUUAUAGCUAAGUCAGUGUUGAUUAAAUCUAAUGAAGGCACCUAUGGUUUUGGUUUAGAAGAUAAAAAUAAGGUGCCAAUUAUUAAGGUGGUGGAGAAAGCAUCGAAUGCUGAGAUGGCAGGCUUGGAAGUUGGGAAAAAAAUCUUUGCCAUUAAUGGUGACCUGGUUUUUCUGCGACCCUUCAGUGAAGUGGAUUGCUUCCUGAAAAUGUGUUUAAACAGCAGAAAGCCCCUGCGGGUUCUUGUGAGCACUAAACCACGGGAGACAGUGAAGAUUCCUGACUCUGCAGAUGGACUUGGGUUCCAAAUCCGAGGCUUUGGCCCUUCAGUUGUCCAUGCUGUUGGGAGAGGAACAGUGGCAGCUGCAGCAGGUCUCCACCCAGGCCAGUGCAUAAUCAAAGUGAAUGGAAUUAAUGUCAGCAAGGAGACUCAUGCAAGUGUUAUUGCUCACGUCACAGCAUGCAGGAAGUAUAGGCGUCCAAUGCAGCAAGACUCUAUACAGUGGAUUUACAACAGCAUUGAAAGUGCACAGGAAGAUCUUCAGAAAACAAAUGCCAAGCCCCCAGGAGAUGAUGGAGGAGAUGCCUUUGACUGCAAAGUGGAAGAGGUAAUUGACAAGUUUAACACUAUGGCAAUAAUUGAUGGGAAGAAAGAUCAUGUAAGCCUGACUGUUGAUAAUGUUCAUUUGGAGUAUGGAGUGGUUUACGAGUAUGACAGCACAGCUGGAAUCAAGUGCCAUGUGUUAGAAAAAAUGAUUGAACCAAAGGGAUUUUUCAGCUUGACUGCAAAGAUUCUGGAAGCACUGGCAAAAAGUGAUGAGCAGUUUGUGCAGAACUGCAACAGCCUCAGUUCCUUAAGUGAAGUAAUUUCUACUGAGCUUCAAAGUAAAUUCAGUGUUAUUUGCAGUGAGAAAAUUGAACAUAUCUACCGAAGAAUUUCUAGUUAUAAAAAGUUUUCAAGAGUAUUAAAAAACAGAGCUUGGCCUACCUUCAAGCAAGCUAAAUCAAAGAUUUCACCACUUCACAGCAGUGAUUUCUGUCCAACCAAUUGCCAUAUCAAUGUAAUGGAAGUUUCUUACCCUAAAACCUCAACUUCUGUUGGAAGUGCUUUUGGUGUACAGUUAGACAGCAGAAAACAUUCUUCACAUGAAAAAGGAAAUAAAAACAAUGACCAAGGUAAACUGAAUCCUAUGAUUUAUGUUCAGCAUAGCAUUACUACUAUGGCUGCCCCUUCAGGACAGUCUCUCAGCCAGCAAGAAGGUCAUGGUCUGAGGUAUCUCUUAAAAGAAGAAGAUUUAGAAACACAAGAUGUCUACCAGAAAUUGCUGUUCAAAUUACAAACUGCACUGAAAGAGAUGGAAACCUGUGUCUGUCAGAUAGAUGACCUUCUUUCUUCAAUAACGUACUCUCCAAAAUCAGAACGUAAAACACCUGAGCCUUUAGUACCAGCAGACAGUGACAAUGAAAAGGGGGAAAGGAAUGGAAAGAAAGUCUGCUUCAGUGUGACAGGUGAUGAACAAGAAGAUUCUGGUCAUGAUACUAUCAGCAAUAGAGAUUCUUACAGCGAUUGCAACAGCAACAGGAACUCCAUUGCGUCGUUCACCAGCAUUUGCAGCAGUCAGUGCAGUUCUUACUUUCACAGUGAUGAAAUGGAUUCAGGCGAUGAGCUUCCCAUAAGUGUUCGAAUCUCUCAUGAUAAACAAGACAAGCUCCAUAGCUGUUUGGAACAUCUUUUUGGUCAAGUUGACUCAAUUGUCAGUCUUCUGAAAGGACCAGCUGUGAUGAGGGCCUUUGAACAGACAAAACACUUCACACCGGGCCGAGGCCUACAAGAGUUUCAGCAGGAAAUGGAACCGAAGCUUAGCUGUCCAAAGAGGUUACGACUUCACAUCAAGCAAGACCCUUGGAACCUUCCCAGCAGUGUCCGGAGUCUUGCCCAGAGUAUCAGAAAAUUUGUUGAAGAGGUGAAGGCACGGAUACUCUUGGCACUUCUGGAGUAUACAGACAGCGAGAUACAACUGAGGCGAGACAUGGUCUUCUGUCAGAGUCUAGUGGCCACUGUCUGUGCUUUUUCCGAGCAACUGAUGGUGGCCUUAAAUCAGAUGUUUGACAACAACAAAGAAUAUGAAAUGGAGACACUGGAGGCCAGCAGAAGGUGGUUGGAACAGAUAGCCAGUGCGGGUGUUCUCCUUCAUUUCCAGUCACUGCUGUCACCUAACCUGGCUGAUGAACAAGCUAUGCUGGAGGAUACACUGGUUGCACUGUUUGACUUGGAAAAAGUUACAUUUUACUUCAGACAAUCAGAGGCAGAACCACUAGUUGCAAAUGUCCCAAUCACAUACCAAGCGGAAGGAAGCCGGCAAACUCUGAAGGUUUACUUCUACCUUGAUACUUACCAUUUCGAACAGCUUCCUCAAAGACUGAAGAAUGGAGGGGGAUUUAAAAUCCACCCCGUACUUUUUUCACAAGCAUUGGAGAGCAUGGAAGGAUAUUAUUACAGAGACAGUGUUUCAGUAGAAGAAUUUCAAGCUCAGAUUAAUGCAGCAUCGCUAGAGAAAGUCAAGCAGUAUAACCAGAAACUACGGGCAUUCUACCUGGACAAGUCAAACCUGCCUCCAAAUUCAACAUCUAAAGCAGCUUACAUAGAUAAGCUGAUGAGGCCACUUAAUUGCUUGGAUGAACUUUACCGACUCGUAGGGUCCUUCAUCCGAUCUAAGCGCACUGCUGCCUGCGCAUACACUGCUUGCAGUGCUUCUGGAGUUGGAUUGCUAUCGGUUUCUUCUGAGCUCUGUAACAGGCUUGGAGCUUGUCACAUCAUUAUGUGCAACAGUGGAGUUCACCGCUGUACCCUGAGUGUUACCUUGGAGCAGGCAAUCAUUCUGGCUCGGAGCCACGGGCUGCCACCUCGCUAUAUCAUGCAAGCUACAGAUGUGAUGCGCAAGCAGGGUGCAAGAGUGCAAAAUACAGCCAAGAACUUGGGAGUGAGGGAUCGAACGCCACAGUCUGUUCCAAGAUUAUACAAGCUGUGCCAGCCACCACCACCAGUUGGAGAAGAAUGAAGGAAACAAUCAAAUAACGGCUUUUAGGACACUGGAACUGUAUGACAAAUGCUAACUGCACUAUAGCAGUACGUGCCUGGGCCUUUGAUAAAUAAAUAAAAAACAACCAACCUUUACUCAGGAUAAAGAAA